AUCAUUAAUGUGAGAUGGAGAGAGCAAAAUGCUAACUAUGCAAAAUGACAAUCCUUGUCUCUAUUUUUGCCAAACUCAUUUCCACAUUCAAAGCCACUCAAACAUCACAUAACAAAACAAAAAAGUUAACUUAACAACCACCUCAAUUUGCUUCAUCACACAAACACAAAACAAAACAAGCAGCUUACAAUCUCAACUCUAAGAAAAGCAAAAAUUAACACUAUCUUUGAUAAACCAUAGAAGCAUUAAAAAAGUUAUGGCUUUUCUUCUACCAAAUCUCCAACCUUAUCUCCAAACUCAAUCCAAAUCCAAAGAUAAACUCUUUCAUCAAACUCUUUCACAACCAAAACCCACUUCACAUUUUCUUAUAUCUUCCACUUCAUCAAAAUUUUCUUCUCCUUUAACAACCCUUCAAACUCCAACUUCACAAGUUAACGUUGAAGAUAAACAUCAAGAACAGCUUCCAAAAGAUGAAUUCUAUGUCAACCUUGGACUUGCUGUGAGAACCCUCCGAGAAGACAUGCCUAUGAUCUUCAUCAAAGACCUUAAUUAUGAUAUUUAUAGGGAUGAUAUAACAUUUUUAGACCCCUUAAACACAUUUACUGGAAUUGAAAAGUACAAAUUAAUCUUCUGGGCAUUAAGGUUUCAUGGAAAACUCUUAUUUCAUGAGGUAUCACUUGAUGUAUAUAGAGUGUGGCAACCUUCAAAAAAUGUAAUAUUGAUUAGGUGGAACCUUAAGGGAGUGCCACGUGUCCCAUGGGAAGCUAAAGGAGAAUUUCAAGGCACAUCAAAGUAUAAAUUAGACAAAAAUGGCAAAAUUUAUGAACACAAAGUUGAUAACUUGGCAUUCAAUUUUCCAAAAAAUAUCAAACCAAUUUCUGUUUUGGAUUUGGUUACUUCAUGCCCUGCAAGUCCAAAUCCUACAUUUUUGUGGGGUUCUAUGGAUAUCUACUCUUCUUCAUGGAUAACUUUAUAUAAGGCAGUUAGGGAUACUUUGGAUCAAGAGAGUUUGUUACCACGAGACGGUCUAGCUACUUGUUCUUCAUAACCGGUAGAUAAGGUGACGGAUUCAGAAAUUUUAAGCUGCAGAGGUAAAGCUCGUAUAAGUUGUAGGAGCAAUACUUAUAUAAUGUAUGAUGUAUAGUACAUUCUAACUAUAUAAAAUAUCGAGUUUAUAUCGAAAUUGUAACGAGGGAAAAUAUCCCUAAUAUCGGCGGCAAUGAUCCGCCUGUGUGUAUAGUCAUAUUGAAUAGAGCUUAAUAAUAGAUUAGAUAUAAUGAA